AUGGGUAUUCCAGGUCUUUUCAAAAGGCUUUAUAUACGUUAUCCUCAUAUAGUUGAUGCAACGAAAAAAAAAAUAACUCCAAAAAGUAAUAAAGCCGAUUUUUUAUAUUUAGAUAUUAAUGCUCUAUUUCAUAUUGCAUUAUCUAAAAAUCAAUCAAGAAAACCAAAAAAUCCGCGUCAAAUGUUAUCAAGAGUAUUUCAUGAAAUGGAUUUUACUAUUGAGAAAUGUAAGCCACAGCUUGUUUACAUUGCAAUGGAUGGUGUUGCACCAAGGGCUAAGAUGAAUGAACAGAGAUCACGAAGAUAUGUUUAUCAAAAUGAUAACUUCAAUAUACAUAACCAAAUUAGAAACAGUAACGGUGGUAGCGGUGAUAAUAUAAAAAAUAGUGAAAAUUUAGGAUUUUUUGUCCCAAUAGAUUCCGUUUCAAUUUCAGCAGGAACAGAUUUUAUGGCUGCAGCAAAUGAAGCAAUUAGAUAUUAUAUAUAUCAACGUUUGAAUUGGAAGUAUAAAACACUUCAAAUAAUAUUUAAUGAUUCUAAAGUACCAGGUGAGGGUGAACACAAAAUUUUUAGAUAUUUGAAUACACAAUGUACACAUCCUGGUUACAAUUCAAGGAAUCGACAUGUUGUAUGUGGAAGUGAUGCAGAUUUUAUAAUGUACGCAUUGUUAACCAAUGAACCUAACAUACGUAUAUUACGAACAGGAGUUGUUGGUGAUAGUGUAAUGGUGAACAUUCACAAGCUACGCCGGCACAUUAUUGUUGAUAUGUUAAAUAAUAAUAACCCUAAUAAAGUUUCAAUACAUGAUGGAGGGGUUGAUGAGAAUAAUUUAAUUGAUGAUUUUGUAUUUCUUGUCAGUCUACUUGGAAAUGAUUUUAUGCCAAGAUUGAAGCAUAUUGGUGAGGCAUCUGUUGAUCUAUUGUUUCAAGCUUAUAGUACAUAUUUUGAUAUGGCCAAUGGCUCUUACAUCACAAAUAAAAGACAAAAACAACAACCGAUAAUCGAUUUCAACAGAUUACAUCAAUUCUUUGAGUGUUUGGAAUUUAUUAUCAAUUCCAAUCCAUUAAGAAGAAGAAGUAGUCGAAUGUCAGAUAAUCUUGAUCUUGACGAAGCAACACUCUCAAAUCGAGCCAAUGACUACGUAAAAACAAUGUGUUGGUCAUUUCUAUAUUAUAAUGGAGAUUGUCCCAGUUGGAGAUUUUUUUAUCCUUAUCACAGAAUCUAA